GCUUUCAAGGCGCUCCAUGCCGUGGCACUGCCACCUCUCCCGCCGUCUGUCGUAGCCCGCCCUCACCCACCUCACUAGCGACGACUCCACCUUGCGCCGUGCCCACCGCGCUUGCCGGUGGGUCUGAUCCCCUCCCCGUGCCUUGCGACUAGCGCCAUGGCGGGAGAACCCGCCUCUUCCGCCAUCGCGCCUCCACGGCGCGACGAGGGGGGAAAUACCAGCGCCGCCUCCGCCACGCCGGAAGCCGCCUCCUCCUCUCCGCAGGCAUCGGCGGCACCAGGUGCGCCAGGUGUGGCAGCCGGGGAAACGACAGCGGCGGAAGCGGCGGCGGCGGCGGAAGAGGUGGUGCCGUCGCUGCUGCUGCCGGCGGAGUUGGCGGAGGCGAUGGAGCACCCGGACCUGGCGGCCAUGCGCAGCCUCAUGGAGGAGACGCCCGAGGAGGAGGUCACGUGGCUGCGGGAGCAAGGCAACAUAGCCCUGAAGGAGGGGCAGGAGCAGGGGCGCAAGGGGCAGCGGCGGCAGCAGCGGCAAGCGUACCUCAAGGCGGUGGACCUGUACUCGCAAGCCAUCACCACGCGCCAACAGCAUCCCGACGCGGACAUCCCCGGCAGUGUGGCGGCCAUGCUGCACGGCAACCGCGCGCAGGCGCACCUGCUGCUGGGCAACUAUGGGCGUGCGCUCGCUGACGCCACGGAGUCCGCCAGGCUGGACGCCACCAACGCCAAGGCGCCCUUCAGAGCGGCCAAGGCGUGUGUGGCGUUGCAGCGCUACGCGGAGGCCAUGGCGUGGUGCGACACCGCGCUCGCCCUGCCCAGCGUUGCGCCCGCCGACCUGCUCAAGCUGAAGGCGGACGCGCAGAGCAAGCUGGCGGCACAGCAGGCCGUGGCGGCGCGCAGCACCGCCAUCCGCAGCAAGGCGGAGCGCCUGGCGCGGUGCAUGAGGGAGUGCGGGGUGCGCAUGGGGCGCGCGGCGUACAAGGAGCUCAGCGGCGAGCGCAAGGUGUGGGUGGACGAGGCAGGCACGCUGCACUGGCCUGUGGUGCUGGUGUACCCCGAGGCCAUGGCCAGCGACCUCAUUGAGGACGUGUGCCACACCGACUCGCUGGGCGCGCACGUGCGCGAGAUGUUCGGCCCACACGCGCCGCCACUGGAGUGGGACAGGGAGCAGGCGUACAGCGCAGACUCGGUGCAACUGUUCCUGCGCACCAGCGCCGUGCCGCCCCUGCCGGGCAAUGCACUGGUGCGCGCUCUGCUGGAGGACGCUGCAGGGCUGACGGACGAGGACAGCCACGCCAUGGCGGGGGGUGCGGACGACGAAGGGGAUGAUGCGCCUGAUUGGUCGGCAUCGGGCGAGCAGCAGUGGGUGCGCGUGCCUCUCAAUGAGCCGCUCGCCAGAGUCCUCACGCUGCCCAACCACGUCGUUCCAGGUGUCCCUGUGUUUCAUGUGGUGUCAACAAAAAGUCCCUUCUACUUCACUUUCACAUCCGGCCAGUGGGUUCCACCCUAGCAGAUUCAUCCGCAAUUGCCAACUGGCCAAUACAUUCUUUACGUGCCAUUAGUGAUGCUGGUACAAAUGGGCACGUAUCCAUUGUGGACGUCUCCUCCUGAGCCUACGAAUAAUCUGAGCAUAAAUUGAAUUAGGAGUUGGCCUUAUGCCCUUCAGAGCUUGCAAUGGUGAAAGCAACAAAUAUGAUAAUUUUUUAACACUCGCAGUGUUUUUCAAAAAUU